UUCUUGGCAAAGUAAGAGCAGAUGGGUAGCUUGGAGGACGAAAGAACAACAAUAGGAUGGGCUGCAACAGAACCUUCUGGGGUACUCUCUCCUUAUACUUACACUCUCAGGAACACUGGUCCGGAAGAUGUUUUCAUCAAGGUGAUUUGUUGUGGAAUCUGCCAUUCUGAUAUUCAGCAGAUCAAGAAUGAUCUUGGCAUGUCCAAUUACCCCAUGGUUCCAGGGCAUGAAGUGGUUGGUGAAGUAAUAGAGGUGGGAUCCAAUGUGAGCAAGUGCAAGAUAGGAGACACAGUGGGAGUUGGAUGCAUCGUUGGAUGCUGCAGAAACUGUAGUCCUGGCAAAUCAGACAAAGAGCAAUACUGCAACAAGAAGAUCUGGUCCUACAAUGAUAUCUACACAGAUGGUAAACCCACCCAAGGUGGCUUUGCUGGCUCCAUGGUCACUGAUCAAAAGUUUGGGGUGCACAUUCCAGAAGGGAUGGCAGUAGAACAGGCGGCGCCACUACUAUGCGCCGGGGUGACAGUGUACAGCCCAAUGGUGCACUUUGGGCUGAAAGAGAGUGGGCUGAGAGGAGGCAUAUUGGGCCUGGGUGGGGUGGGACACAUGGGGGUGAAGAUAGCAAAGGCUAUGGGACAUCACGUGACAGUGAUAAGCUCAUCUGAUAGGAAGAGAGAGGAGGCUCUGGAACCCCCCCCCCCCCCGCCGAGGGAAAUGAAGGACUCUGUACCAACAGAUUUUCCUGUAGAUAGAAGCAGGCCAAUUUUGUAA